GAGGUGCGAGGCGGAGCGCACGACGGCUGACUGGAGGAGCGGAUGUAAGUCUGAAUACAGCAGAAAAUGUCCACUGAACGAACGUCUUGGACAAGUUUGUCCACUAUUCAGAAAAUAGCACUGGGCCUCGGGAUCCCAGCCAGUGCAACGGUUGCCUAUAUCCUACACCGCAGAUACAGGGAAAGUAGACAAGAGCGGUUGACGUUUGUUGGGGAGGACGACAUUGAGAUAGAGAUGCGAGUUCCCCAGCAGGCGGUGAAGCUCAUCAUUGGCCGGCAAGGAGCCAAUAUUAAACAGCUGCAAACAGGUGCUCGGAUUGAUGUGGACACAGAGGAUGUAGGCGAUGAACGGGUGCUGCUUAUCAGUGGGUUUCCUGUUCAGGUGUGCAAGGCCAAAGCAGCCAUCCAUCAGAUCCUGACAGAGAAUACCCCCGUGUCUGAGCAGCUCUCAGUUCCCCAGAGAUCCGUGGGCAGGAUCAUAGGGAGAGGUGGGGAGACUAUUCGUUCAAUCUGUAAGGCCUCUGGAGCCAAAAUUACCUGUGACAAAGAAUCAGAGGGGACAUUGCUACUAUCAAGGCUUAUAAAAAUCUCAGGAACACAGAAGGAAGUGGCAGCAGCUAAGCAUUUGAUACUGGAGAAAGUUUCAGAAGAUGAAGAACUUCGGAAGAGAAUUGCUCAUUCUGCAGAAACCAGAGUCCCACGCAAGCAGCCAAUCAGUGUGAGAAGAGAGGAAGUGGCAGAGUCUGGUGGAGCUGGCGAGCCAGCUUUGUGGAAAAACGCUGGUACUGGCACAGUGCCAGAGCCAGCAACCCUGCCAGGAGCUCCUCCCCGAAAAGGAGGCGGUGAUGCGGCUGUUGUAGGGCCAGAAAGUGCUUGGGAGAAACCUAAUGGUGACAGCUUUCAGAAAUCUGGAGCCCAGACCAGUCCAGAGAUGUCCAUGUUUGAAAUCCCCAGUCCUGACUUCAGUUUCCAUGCCGAUGAGUUCCUGGAAGUCUAUGUCUCUGCCUCUGAACAUCCCAACCACUUCUGGAUCCAAAUCAUUGGCUCUCGCAGCCUGCAGCUGGAUAAGCUUGUCAGUGAGAUGACCCAGCACUAUGAGAAUAGUCUACCUGAAGACUUGACUGUGCAUGUGGGAGACAUUGUAGCAGCACCUUUACCUACAAAUGGUUCCUGGUAUCGAGCUCGAGUCCUUGGCACCUUGGAGAAUGGGAACCUGGACCUUUACUUUGUUGACUUUGGAGAUACUGGAGAUUGCCCACUGAAGGACCUCCGGGCACUCAGGAGUGACUUCCUGAGCCUCCCAUUUCAAGCAAUAGAGUGUAGUCUGGCACGGAUUGCCCCCUCAGGUGAACAGUGGGAAGAGAAAGCUUUGGAUGAGUUUGACAGACUAACUCACUGUGCUGACUGGAAGCCCCUGGUGGCCAAGAUCUCCAGCUAUGUCCAGACUGGGAUCUCAACUUGGCCCAAGAUUUACUUAUAUGAUACUAGCAAUGGGAAGAAACUCGAUAUUGGGUUAGAAUUAGUUCAUAAAGGAUACGCAGUUGAGCUUCCAGAAGACGUGGAAGAAAGCAGAGCUGUCCCAGACACGUUUCACAAUGUGGCCACAGAAACAGAUGUGUCUCUCGACAGCAUGCUCACUGAGACCAAGAAGAGCCCUGGAGAGAUAGCAAAUACUCUGUCCUGCCUCAGCUUAUCAGAAGCUACCUCCAUGUCUGGUGACGAUAACCUGGACGAUGACUACUUACUAUGAAGUUGGCUUCAGCCACCUCAGCUGCCUGCUUUGCCGCGUUUGGCACAGGAUUUGGUACAUGGAAAGAGGAGCCUAUGAUAAAGAGAUCUGUGCAGUCCUUCCUCUGUUACAUACACGAUCUGGCUUGCUGCGGACUGAAUGCCUUCUCUCCUU